CCUACUAUGAUGCUCUGUGAUGGCUCAUAGGAACCACGCUCCGUGUCGUGUAACACCUGCCAGCGGAUUGCGGCCUGGUGUACGUACGCACUUGGGAGCCGCAUCCUCCGACUCAGGAGAGACCAAUUGUUAUUAUGAUUCAGGUGCGCAGCUUGCAUCCCUGAAACAACGCAUUGGAGCUUCGAACUAUUGAUGUGCAUAACCGAGGCAGGUCUCAGAGCCUUGACGUCUCGAAAAUAUCGAGGUGAAAUACUUGUAGCGAUGGGCGUCAUGGUAUGCCGUAUGCCGCUCAGCCAUCUCCGACUUUGCGGGACUCUUCGUCCUUCCCUCAGCACACACUCCUCAAGAGGUGGCCCCCACCGCUGUUCUUACACAUAGACCCUUCAUGCGUUCAGCCACCGUUCCCGUCUCAUCGUCUCGAGCCGCCGCGCUCUUUGAUGACGACAUACCACGGAAGGCACUCCACAAGGCAGGCAGCACUGCGCUCGUGCGGACGGCGACAUCCGCGAUGCUUCCGAGAUCGACAUCCGGGAACAACUGACAGGACUCACUGUUUUUGCCCUUCGUACGUUGUGCCUGUCUCACUGCAUCACACUGGCACAGCCCAGCUUUGUGAAUAUCAUUUCGUGUUAUUGGGCUCAGCUGGCUUCCGUCCGAGAUACUCGGCAUGCAGCCAAUCCGUUUGCAGGUCACGAACAACACAUGGAUCCAACCGCCCCCACCAGACGAGGAUCCAAACAUCCCACAGCCGCCGGUACAAUCACAGCGCACGCGUACCGGGCCUACCUCAGAACCUACCCGGACGUGCGUAUCACCGACCAGAGUCCACUUCGAUAUCCUUCCCCUCAGAGAGUUCUGUUUCCGCCCCUUGCUCUCGCCCAGCGCACCGCCAUACCCAGCCCCCGUCGGGCGUGCGGUGCACAGGCGACGGGCACAUGCCGAUGCCCGUCGGGGGCUCUUCUACGUCGUCCUGGUUCGCGGGGCGAUCAGCGUAGGGACCACUCGGGGACGCGGGCCGUGCUUUCUUGGGGAGGCACGCGCGGAGAGUAUGCAGGACGGCGCAUUCCUUUCCUGAUAAG